CGAAUGACAAGACUGUGGUGAGCUGGUUAAUCGAGAAGUAUGGCUGAAAACGACGGGGAAACGAUUGUUCCAGACGAACAGUGCAAUUUGACGGCCUCAACGCCUAUGAAAAGUAGUGGGUUGGAACAAGUGGAAAGCCCGAAAGAACGAAAAACUUCAAUGGUGGAAUGUGAUGACGAAGGGAAUCCAUCAUCAGGAACCCCAGAUGAAUCACCAAAACAAUUGACUCCGCAUAGCAUUCCCCCAAGACGACGACGUUCUCCACGACGCCCGGAAGUGUCAGCUUCUAGACUUCCUCUGAAAGUACUGAAUCAGAUUUUUCAGUAUUUACCAUUGAAAGACCUACGAUCUGCAAUGCUAACCUGUCAUAGUUGGAAUAACGCUCUUUCAAUGGAAGACAGUGACAUAUGGCAGUACCUUCUUGGCAAGAAGCUUCCAGAAGCAGCAGUUUCCGAUCCCUUCCUGCUCGCCGAGCUGGGAUCUGCAAAAAAGAAGCUGAGAGCCUGGUAUUUUGCCUGGAAUACGAGCGAUAUUUCAAGAAAUAACUACAUCCGUACCAACGGUUUCACUGUUCACCGGCAGCCAGUUGCUCAGUCAACAGACGGUGUCCGUGGAAAACGAGGGAUUUCAAAAGGAGUACACGCAUUUGAUAUAACUUGGGAUGGACCGUUGGGAACUGUAGCCGUUGUUGGUAUUGCUACUAAACAUGCUGCUCUUCACUGUGUUGGCUAUGUUGCUCUCCUCGGAUCAGAUGAUCAAUCAUGGGGAUGGAAUCUUGUAGAUAAUGUUUUGAUGCACAAUGGAGCACAGCUUGGUGUUUAUCCAAAAAUGAACAAUCCUCCGAAAUAUGAGGUCGGCGAUAAAAUCCGCCUAAUAAUCGACUGUGACACCCAUGUCGCUUACUUUGAACGAAACUCGGAAUUUCUCGGAAUCGCAUUCAACCAUAUUCCCCCAUUACGUCUCUAUCCGGCUGUCUGUGCGGUUUAUGGCAACACAGAAGUGACAAUGGUGUAUGUUGGAAGUCCACAAAUGGGUUGAAGACGUUCGCUAGAGCGUAUAUUCUGACUUCUGCGCGCGUAUUUAUUCGCCACUCAAAAUGUAAUUAUUCACAUGUUUUCAUCGCUUGUCUCAUAUUUCUACUGUUAUUAUAAUUUUCAGAAAAAUAUGAAAAUUAUUUAAUUCUGAUAUUAAACUUUACCUGUAAUUAAAACACUCAUAAUAGAUCUUUUUCCCGCACGCUUUCCUCUCACACACUUUCUCAUUCCCAUAUUGAUCUCUUUUAUUGCUUAUCGAGCUUUUCUAGUCACUUCGUGAUAAUUGGUCCAUUUCUCAAUGAAGCUUUUUCGUCGCUUU